AGAGCGUGGAAACGGAUACAGGUGAUUUCCGAAGGAGGUCGUCUGUCUGUGUUCCUCUGAACUCUUUUGACUCACAUUUCUCACUCUGCUCCACUUUCUCACUCUGCAGUCUCCGGCGAACCCAUUUUCCUUUUCCACUUCAAUGGCUUCGCACAACCAUUUGGAUGACGAUGACGAUUUUGGAGGGGAUUUCUCUGGACCUCAAACCACCAGGCGUUCAGGAAACAAGAGAAACUUUGGGGAUCUUGAGGACGAUGAAGACGAUUUCUUUGGCUCUAAGAAGGCUAACUCAAAAGUUGAAGAGACUGCUCCUGGUGUUGCAACAGGAAUGAUUUUGUCUCUUCGCGAAAGUCUUCAAAAUUGUAAAGAUACACUUGCGACAUACCAAACGGAACUUGAAGCUGCAAAAACUGAGAUUCAAAAGUGGCAUUCCUCUUUUCAGAAUGAGUCCUUUAUACCUAUGGGGACUACUCCUGAACCUAGACAGGUGAUCAAUUACCUUCAGACGCUGAAGAAUUCUGAGGAGUCAUUGAGGGAGCAGUUAGAAAAAGCAAAGAAGAAGGAAGGUGCAUUUAUUGUGACAUUUGCAAAACGAGAGCAGGAGAUAGCAGAGCUGAAGUCUGCAGUUCGAGAUUUGAAAUCACAGCUCAAGCCACCAUCAAUGCAGGCGAGGAGACUAUUACUAGAUCCGGCAAUCCAUGAAGAGUUUACACGUUUAAAGAAUUUGGUCGAGGAGAAAGACAAAAAGGUGAAGGAAUUGCAGGAUAAUAUUGCUGCUGUCCAAUUUACUCCCCAGAGCAAGAUGGGAAAGAUGCUGAUGGCUAAAUGUCGAACUUUGCAAGAGGAAAAUGAAGAGAUUGGAAAUCAAGCUGCCGAGGGAAAGAUGCAUGAAUUAGCUAUGAAACUUGCUUUGCAAAAAUCCCAAAAUGGAGAACUGAGAAGCCAAUUUGAAGGACUGUACACUCAAAUGGACGGGUUAGCAAAUGAUGUGGAACGAUCAAAUGAAAUGUAUGAACAUGGUAGAUUGUGCCCUUCACCGCAGGUGGUUGUGUUGGAAGAGAAGCUAGAAGAGAAAGACCUAGAGAUCCAAAGGUUGAAACAAGAGCUGCUGCAGCAGAGAAGUUCGAUAGAGGAGAAAACUAAUGAUUCACCAACUUCUAAUAAAAUAACUAGCACUGAAAUGACUCCAGGCGAAGAUGACAACUGAAAUGAACUUUUGAUUCGAUCAAAUUUUGUAGAAUAUUAUUAUUCUUUUAUCUCCUUGUUUGUACAUUUAACAUUUAUUUUAAAUUUCAUAGCACUCUUUUUCCUU